AUGUACGGAAGCACUGAUUUGCUUGAAGUUGACGAAAAUUCGUACCUACUUAACUCUGAUGCCACUCAUACUGAAGAUGAUGAUGAUCGUGACACGAUGUCGGAGAAAAAUGCAAAGAAUAUUAUUUGUCAGGACUCCGAAAUGCUUAAACAUCGAGUUCGAAUACCGGAUGUCUCACAUUCGAGAUUCAGUUUUCGAAAGUUGUGGGCCUUUAUGGGUCCUGGAUUCUUGAUGAGUAUAGCCUAUUUGGAUCCAGGAAAUAUUGAAAGCGACUUGCAGUCAGGAUCACAAGCUCAGUAUAGACUCUUAUGGAUUUUACUAUCAGCACAUAUUAUUGGUUUCUUUCUGCAGAGGUUAUCCGCUCGUCUGGGUGUUGUCAGUGGAAGGCAUAUGGCAGAAGUAGCAUAUGAAUAUUACCCACGGGUGCCGCGACUCAUUUUAUGGAUAAUGAUUGAAAUAGCAAUUAUUGGAAGCGAUAUGCAGGAAGUUAUCGGAACAUCGAUUGCAAUCUAUCUUUUGACCAGAGGCUUUAUUCCAUUAUAUAUUGGCGUCCUUCUUACCGUUCUGGAUACAUUUUUGUUCUUAUUUCUGGAUACAUAUGGCUUUCGCAAGCUGGAAGGUCUUUUUGCAAUUUUAAUUGCAAUUAUGGGAGCUACUUUCGGUUAUGAAUAUGUAAUAGUAAAACCGAACCAGCUCUCGGUGCUCAAAGGGAUGUUUUUACCGUGGUGCGAAGGCUGUGGUCGUGACCAGUUCUUGCUUGCUGUUAGUAUUGUUGGUGCUGUCAUAAUGCCUCAUAAUUUAUACCUUCAUUCUGCGCUUGUUAAGAGUCGCGACAUAAAUAGGAAAAAAAAAGCCUGUGUCGAAGAAGCAAGUUUCUACUUCUUUGUCGAAUCUGGUAUUGCCUUAUUAUGUAGUUUUAUAAUCAAUGUGUUUGUUGUUGCUGUUUUUGCGCAUGGAUUAUAUGGCAAGACCAAUUAUCAAAUAAGAGAAAAUUGUGACGCACGUAAAGGUGUUAUGGAUCCUACAGUGUUUCCUUACAACAAUGAAACGGCUGAAUCAGAUUUAUACAAGGGUGGUAUAUUUCUUGGCUGCGAAUUUGGUUUCAUUUCUUACUAUGUUUGGGGUAUUGGUAUCUGGGCAGCUGGACAAAGUUCUACGAUGUCUGGUACCUAUGCUGGGCAGUUUGUGAUGGAGGGUUUUUUGCAAAUCCGUUGGGCUCGUUGGAAACGAGUUCUGGUUACCCGUAGCAUUACAGUUGUGCCAGCAUUGUUGCUUGCAUUGCGCAUAAAUAGUAUACGCGACUUGACAGGAAUGAACGACUUGUUAAACUGUAUUCAAAUGCUGCAACUGCCGUUUGCGCUUAUCCCAGUCGUAACAUUCACAUCUAGUGCCAAAGUCAUGCUCGAUUUUCGCAAUUCCAGAUUUUUCCAAGUUUCGGCGCUAAUUGUGUCGUGUGUUGUAAUCGUUAUUAAUUUAUAUUUCUUCACGGAUUACAUAACUGGAAAGCUAGGGAACGCUUGGUACAUUUGGGUAAUACUCUUGAUUCCAUCCAUCGGAUAUCUUAUAUUCGUCUGCUAUUUGCUGUUCGUAUGUAUGGCUGCAGUAGGCAUUCUAACUUCUCCAAAGUGGAAAAAAAUACCUGGUUUCGAUCCGGUGCAUUUCAAAACCAGGGCACCGUGGCUUUUCGAAGAGCAGGAAAUUGUGGCCACAGAGCGAAUCAAUAGCGAUCGUUACCCUCAACCGAUGAUUUAA